AUGCGGUUCCUCUGUCUGCAUGGCGCCAGCACAAACAGCGAAAUCUUCGAGAUCCAAACAGGCGGGCUGAGAGCGGAGCUCGAGAAGAAGGGCCAUCGCUUCAAGUUUGUGAACGGGAAGAUGGAUGCCAAGGUUGAAGAGGAGCUCGAGGGCAUUGUCGACGGCCCAUUUCACAACCACUACCCACGCUCUCCCGACCUCCCCAGAUCCCACCUGGCCGAGGCCUUCGAGCACAUCUACCGCAUCCUCGCCGAGGAAGGUCCCUUCGACGCCGUGAUGGGCUUCUCGCAAGGCGCAGCCUUGGCCGCCGCGAUGCUGGUGCACCACGACAAAACCAACCCGGCGACGGCGCCGCUAUUCCGAGCCGCCGUGUUAAUCUGCGGCGGCGCACCGUACGAGAGUUCCGGGAUCGAGCAGCUGGCGCCGCAGCCGGACACGUAUGCCAUCACGAUCCCGACGGCGCACAUCGUAGGAAAGAAAGAUCCGCUGUACCCCGAGAGUAUGAAGCUCUAUACGCUGUGCGAGCCGUCGAAGGCGGCGCUCUAUGACCACGGCUCGAAGCAUAUGGUGCCGUUUGAUAUGAAGAGCAACGAGGAGAUGGUUCGCGUUAUUGAGGAUACGGUGGCGCGAGCAAUGAGGACCCCGCGAGCAGUGAUGAGUUAG